GAGGCCAAAGCCUGGCCAUGGAGGGAUGCUGGGAGACAGAGGUGACCAAUGGCUCAGAGAGCAGCUCGGACUUCAACCCGAUGAAGGAUUACAUGAUUCUGAGUGAUGCCCAGAAGAUAGCUGUGGCGGUGCUGUGUACCCUGCUGGGCCUGCUGAGUGCCCUGGAGAACAUGGCGGUGCUCUACCUUAUCCUGUCCUCGCAGCGGCUCCGCAGGAAGCCCUCGUACCUCUUCAUUGGCAGCCUGGCUGGGGCUGACUUCCUGGCCAGCAUCAUCUUUGCCUGCAACUUCGUCAUUUUCCACGUCUUCCACGGUGUUGACACCAAGGCCGUCUUCCUGCUGAAGAUCGGCAGUGUGACCAUGACCUUCACAGCCUCUGUAGGCAGCCUGCUGCUGACCGCUGUUGAUCGGUACCUAUGUCUGUGCUACCCACCCACCUACAAGGCUCUAGUCACCCGUGGGAGGGCACUAAUGGCCCUUUGUGUCAUGUGGGUCCUCUCGGCAUUGAUCUCCUACCUGCCACUCAUGGGAUGGACCUGUUGUCCUAGCCUGUGCUCUGAGCUUUUCCCACUCAUCCCCAAUGACUACCUGCUGGGCUGGCUCCUCUUCAUUACCGUUCUCUUCGUUGGCAUCAUCUACACCUACGGGUAUGUUCUCUGGAAAGCCCACCAACAUGUAGCCAGCCUGGCAGAGCACCAGGAAAGGCAGGUGCCUGGGUUAGCUCGGAUGCGGCUAGAUGUGAGGUUGGCCAAGACCCUGGGGCUGGUACUGGCCGUUCUCCUCAUAUGCUGGUUCCCUGCCUUGACUCUCAUGGCCCAUAGCUUGGUCAGCACGCUGAGUGACCAGGUCAAGGAGGCCUUCGCCUUCUGUUCCAUGCUGUGCCUGCUUAACUCUAUGAUCAAUCCUAUCAUUUAUGCCCUGCGAAGUGGAGAGAUCCGCUCCACUGCCCAGCACCGUCUGGUAGGCUGGAAGAAGCAUCGACGAGGACUCGGGUCUGAGGGAAAAGAAGAAGCCCCAAGGUCCUCAGUUACAGAGACAGAGGCUGAUGUGAAAACCACCGUGGUGCCUGCUUCCAGAAGUCCAGGCUGCUCCAAUUGCUGA